AAUGCACCGGACAGGAAGUACACGAAUACAACACACCAGUGUCUCUCGAGUCAUCUUCGUUUUGUCCUUUAUUUUAUUAGGACCUCAUUGUAAAACAACAUAAUUUAUUUGAAAAUUACCGAAAACACAAUGGGACGUUUAAAAUAGCAUUUCAAGUCUAAAUGAAUGAAGAAGAUCAAAUUGAAUUGCUGUGACGAUGAGGAGGCUGAACAAAAAGAAAGCCCUGAACUUUGUGAAGGAGUUAGAUGCUUUCCCGAAGGUUCCUGAGAGUUAUGUGGAGACAACAGCCAGUGGAGGGACUGUGUCAGUUCUGGCUUUCACUGCAAUGGCGCUCUUGGCCUUUUUCGAGUUCUUUGUGUAUCGGGACACAUGGAUGAAAUAUGAAUAUGAAGUUGAUAAAGAUUUUACCAGUAAACUAAGAAUUAAUAUAGAUAUCACUGUCGCCAUGAGGUGCCAAUUUGUUGGGGCAGAUGUGUUGGAUCUUGCCGAGACAAUGGUGGCAUCUGAUGGUCUACAGUAUGAACCUGUUGUUUUUGAGCUCUCCCCUCAGCAGAGGCUCUGGCAGAGGACACUUUUGCUUAUUCAGGGUCGAUUGCGUGAGGAACAUUCCCUCCAAGAUGUUUUAUUCAAAAAUGUCAUGAAAGGUUCCCCUACCGCUCUUCCACCCAGGGAAGACGAUCCCACCCAGCCUUUAAAUGCCUGCCGGAUACACGGACAUCUCUAUGUCAAUAAAGUAGCAGGAAAUUUCCACAUCACUGUCGGCAAGGCAAUUCCACACCCUCGAGGUCAUGCUCACCUCGCAGCACUGGUCAGCCAUGAAACAUAUAACUUCUCCCAUCGGAUAGACCAUCUGUCGUUUGGAGAAGAAAUUCCCGGAAUUCUGAAUCCACUGGAUGGCACGGAAAAAGUGUCAUCAGAUCAUAAUCAGAUGUUCCAGUACUUUAUUACAAUUGUGCCCACAAAACUACAGACGUACAAAGUGUCAGCAGACACACAUCAGUAUUCAGUAACUGAGCGUGAGCGAGUGAUAAACCAUGCGGCAGGAAGUCACGGGGUGUCUGGGAUCUUUAUGAAGUAUGACAUCAGCUCUCUGAUGGUGAAGGUGACGGAACAGCACAUGCCGCUGUGGCAGUUUCUCGUGCGGCUUUGUGGCAUCAUUGGAGGCAUUUUUUCAACCACAGGUAUGCUACAUGGUCUCGUUGGCUUCUGUGUAGACGUGGUCUGCUGUCGUUUUAAACUGGGGGUUUACAAACCAAAGAGUAUGAAUCUUCUGGAUAGACAUGUGAACAGUCUAACGCCACUUCUUACUCAGAACGGGGAACACUAGCUAGACUCUCCUCCCUUCUGUGUUUACAAAGCAUUUCACUGACUCUUCCAUCCAAACCGGACUCUGUGUCUAUACACAUGGCAUCUAGGUACAUUGUUACCCAGUUCAUCUUCAUUUGUGGUACUGUGAAGAGCUGUCUGUAUUAAAAACAACGAAUAGGAAAGACUUCUAGAAUGUGACUCAAUUAUUGGCACCUCUUGAAGUAUCUAGGCCAAAAAAAUGUCUAUUCAUUUAAAUGACCAAGAUCAGCAAUUUUGAUCACAGCAGACUUGCAGACACACUGUAUAAAUUGUGACUGAAUAUAAAUGAUGGAUAAUAUAGCAACCAGAAAAGCAGUAUAAGGAAGCUUCUUUUUUUGUUAACUAGGGAAAUAAGUGUAAAAAAAUCCAAGCACAUUGUAAAAAUAUAUUUUUUAAGUCUUACAUGAUUUUUCGCACAGCACAUGCAGUAAAUUAUAGACUGAAGAUGCAGAUUUGUGCCAAAUCCAGUUUAGGUUUAAUAACGGUGAACAGUAACUUUACGUCACACCCCUCAUUCGAGUACAUGCAAGCAACAUCUGCAUGUAAAAUCAGUAGGUUUGGCUUUAAAUCAUUUAAACAUACAGAUGAGAACUUGCCGAAACACUGUUAAGUAUGUAUUAGGAUCAGAAUAUCUUGCAUUUAUACAUCUUGUGUUAGAAAAUUUUAUUUAAUUUAUGAGUUGUAUGAUCAUUCUUGAACACUUUUAAAGGUCAUACAUUUUACUUGUGUUCAGGUCAUGUCCAAAUAAAAACACUUUCGUAUACA